AUGUCGUCUGAUUUUGGGGCUGCUCCGUUCUCACCCGUAUCGGAGACUUCUGCCGCCUUGUCCCGGAUUUAUCUUGACGCUCCUGUGUGGCCUCUGGAGGAAAAAGAAGAGGCGCGGUUGAUGCGUUACUACAUCGAUAACCUGGCGCCUUGUUUGGACUUGUGUGAUCCAGACCGGCAUUUCGCGCUCGUGGUUCCGCAAAGAGCGGCAAUGUGCCCGACACUGCUGAAUGCUAUUUUUGCCGUCGCAUCCAGACAUCUGAGCCGAGUCAGCACUUUUGAUCCGUUUGUCUCGGACAGGUACCACCAGGAGUGCUUGAAGCAUCUGAUCCCCCUGCUCAGCGACUCGGCCGCCAUCAUGGAUGAAAACUUGCUCGCAGCUACCGUCAUUCUCCGAUUUCUUGAGGAGAUAGAUAUUCCCAUAUCCGGCAACGACUCGACGAGCCAUCUGCUCGGAACGCAUGUAUUCAUCAGCGCGCAGGAACGGUCGACCAUCAUGGGCGGCUUGCGGCAAGCAGCGUUCUGGAUCGGCCUGCGACAGGAAAUCUACAUGGCGUUCGUGAACCAGCGAACAAUCUUGCCGAACCUGGAGCAUUGCAACAUCGACCGCUCGUUCGAGCCGACCAACGACUGCACGUGGGCCAAUCGCAUCGUCACGCACUGCGCCGAUGUGAUCCGGUACUGCUAUGGCGAGGGAGAACGCAACGUAGCGUGUUACAACCGUCUGGUGGAUUAUUGCGACGGAUGGUAUGUGUACAAGCCGGCGUCGUUUUCGCCUAUUUUCCAAAAGGAGCCCGAUGAAGAGAGCGUGUUUCCCGAGAUAUGGCUUUUGAGCGACGCCGUCGUCACCGGCCUGCAGCACUAUCAUCUCUGCAAGAUCCUUCUUACCGCGCACAACCCGAAGAUCCCGCGGCUUGGGCCGGGCCAGAAGCAGGCUCUUCGCAAGAUGGAUGAAGACAUCAAGUCCCACGUGCGUGCGCUCUGCGGCAUGGCCCUGUCCAACAGCCGCUGCCCACCAAACUUUGUGACCGCAUCCAUGGUCAUUGCACUGGCCGGCGAGCGCUUCGACAAGCGCAACGAGCAACAGGCGCUGGUGGACGUGCUCCUGCGGACGGAAGUAGAGCAUGCGUGGCCGACGCUGACUGCGUAA